UGCUGCGACCGACCGCGCUCAUGUAAAAGUACGCGGAACCGCCCAUUGCAGAAUGAAGUGUCCGUGGUUGUUUGUGUUCACUGUUUUGUGUAUGAGGUGCGAAGCCGCCGGCAACAAGCCGCGGAGAGGACGCGGCAGCAUGUGGUGGGGUAUUGCAAAAGCCGGUGAACCAAAUAACUUGUCACCUAUAUCACCUGGGGUCCUAUAUAUGGAUCCAGCAGUACACGCAACGUUAAGACGAAAGCAGAGAAGACUAGCCAGAGAGAACCCUGGAGUAUUGGCAGCUGUAGCCAAAGGUGCCAGUAUGGCAGUUGCUGAGUGCCAACACCAAUUCAAGUACAGAAGGUGGAACUGCUCCACAAGAAAUUUCCUGAGAGGGAAGAAUUUAUUUGGCAAAAUUGUCGACAGAGGUUGUCGCGAAACAGCGUUCAUCUACGCUAUAACCAGCGCUGGUGUGACACACGCUGUCGCUCGUGCGUGUGCUGAAGGAUCUAUCGAGUCUUGCACGUGCGAUUAUUCGCAUGUCGAUCGCGCUCCACACCGCUCCCGCGCAGCUGCCGCAGCUAAUGUGCGUGUUUGGAAGUGGGGAGGAUGCAGUGACAACAUUGGCUUCGGCUUUAGAUUCAGCAGAGAAUUCGUAGAUACUGGAGAAAGAGGAAAGACACUGAGAGAAAAAAUGAACUUGCACAACAACGAAGCUGGCAGAGCGCACGUGCAAACAGAAAUGCGGCAGGAAUGCAAGUGCCACGGUAUGUCCGGAUCGUGUACAGUAAAGACUUGCUGGAUGAGGCUACCGAGUUUCCGAUCUGUGGGUGACGCACUAAAAGACCGUUUCGACGGGGCCUCGCGAGUCAUGAUGCCUAAUACUGACUUGGAAGUGCCGGCACAAAGGAAUGAUGCCGUACCACAUAGAGUACCGCGAAAAGACCGAUAUAAGUUUAAACUGAGGCCUCACAAUCCAGACCACAAAUAUCCAGGGAAUAAGGACCUUGUAUAUUUAGAGUCUUCGCCUGGGUUUUGUGAAAAGAACCCCAGGCUCGGCAUUCCCGGUACGCAUGGGCGCGCCUGCAACGAUACCAGUAUCGGUGUCGACGGGUGCGAUCUCAUGUGCUGUGGUCGGGGUUACAAGACAGAGACUAUGUUUGUAGUGGAACGGUGCAAUUGCACUUUCCAUUGGUGCUGUGAAGUCAAAUGUAAAACGUGCCGUACAGAAAAAGUGGUUCACACGUGUUUAUAGGCGUCCAUGAGAUGCUAAUGACUGGUACACUUGUGAUCAAUAACUCUACAUAUUUAAGUGUUGAACGGUUGUGAUUGUGACUAAGGAGAGAGUGCAGUGGACCUGUUUAAGUACUCGAGAGCAGAUAACGGACCUUGUAUAUAAUCACGUCACUUUUUCAUCUAUCGAAGUCGUCGAAAUCGUAUUUAAUGUUGACUAAUGUACAUAGUUCUGUUUCACUCUUUAUAUACGAUAAUUGAUGCGGCGUGAAAUUAAAAUAAGCUACUCGUUCGAAUAAUUUAUUUGGCUAUUAAGUGCGAACAUGUGAUCUAGUAACGUUAUUCUCUUUUUUGUGGACACUGACGUUAGGAAAUUAAUGAUACCAGAUUAACGACGAUUUAUUUAUUGCAGUUUGUCAUCUACAUUAUUGAGAUUCGGUUUAUUGAUUUCCUUACGCUCAGCUAGGUAAUUAAAUUUUAGAUAUCACUACGCGCGGUAAGCUAAAACCAAGUGGAAAUAUUAUGCGAAUGCUUACGAUGACUUUGACUGGUAUUUCUUAAUAUCAUUUUCAAAGUUUAUGUCCAAGUUAUGAAGGAAUAAUCCCUUGUAAUGGUUGUAAUAAUCAUAUGGAUUUUAUAAAUGCUUUCUAUUUUAUAGAUAUCCGCGUCUGGUGCGUCGACGCGUAACUGUUUUGAGAUCCAAGAGCAAAAUUAUCUUGUAAUUAUAAUUUCAUAUUAUAAUUAAGCCGGUUAAUGGAAUUUGUGACUUAACAGCAUUUGCAUAAAGUAUCUUCCUGGGUGUCCGCGAUCGGAGGUUGCGCUCAGGCUUAUCAGUGAAUAAGUAGCGCCAUCGUAAAAGUGUCCUACAUUACGAGAUAAACGCUCCCGAGAAUUUUAAUUAAAUAUUAAACGAAUUAAAUAAUCAGUAUUAUACGUAUUAUAUUUGUAUGCGUGUCGAGUCUGAUAUUUCAAAGAUAAAGAUGCACGCAAGACCACUUGACACUUGUUAAGUAUUAUACAUUUUAUACAUAUUGCUUGUUCAUGUAAAUUACUAUUAUUAUAGUUAAAUGCAUGUUACUAUGGUGAAUUUUUUAGCCAUUUCUGUGCUGUUCUACUGCGAGUAGAUAAGUUAUUUUUGGGAUGAUACAAAUCAAUGGAGUGUACUUUUCAUUCACCAAAUCCCGACGCCCUACUUACCUUUAUAACAAUUAAUAAUAUUCCUUGAAUUCUGGAACUGAUAUUGACAAUAAUUAUGAAAUAAAUCACUUAGUCGAUAGAAGCAAAUUAAACCUCUAUAUAUGAAUAAUAAACCAUUCAACAAUUAAUUAAAUUUCCAAAAUUAACCGCUCAAUUAUACUAAUCAAAAUUAACAUUUGACUCACUUUAAUAGAUAAUUUCUGUGUGAUUCUGUUCUGUACUAAUAAUAUCUGACAGUCCAAAUUAGACAGUUUGCCAUAAAAUAUAAAAGCUUUAUUAAUCGUAAAAGUACACUUAUAUCAACGUGAAUGAUAUUUCAUAUGUGAUAUAAACAUAGUUUUUAGCUUAUAAGUAUCGAUAGAAGGCUUAACUUAAUGCGCUUGUAUGAUAGGCCACGGCAGUGAAUAUAAUAACUAAUACGUAUGUUUUUAUAUAGAAAAAUAUUUAUUGAAAACUUGUUUUAAUUUAUUUUAUUUUACUUUAAAAUAUGCUUUUUAAAGUAAAAUAAUUUGGUAGUUUUAGUAAAGAAAUCCGAUGUUAAAACACUCGGUGUUUUUUAAAACAGGUAUUUGUGUACUUACCUAUAUCUAUUUAAAUAUCGCUUGUAUUAUUGGAUCUCUGUACAUAGACUUACUUAUGGUAAAAAUAUAAUACAGUGACAGAGUCUAAGUAAUGAGGAACUGAUAACGCGUCGGAUUAUAAAAGACUGAAAUAUUUUUUUUUAAUUUCGUAGUUGUAAUAUCCAUGAGUGGAUUCAUAGGUACAGCCUUUGUUUGGAGUUUUUAUAACGAGAACAAUUGUGAUAAAAAGUAUUUUAAUGUUAUUUAAAGCCAGUUCAUAAGAAGUGUCGGAGAGGUUUGGUGCCAUUUUUUUAUAUUUCUUUUUUUUACAUCUGACAGUCCUAUUCUGUUUUAACAAAAUUAUUUCCAUGUACCAAUCAAAUUGUCGAUAUGAAAUUAAUUUUACGCAUGUAAAUAUUGUCAUUAAUUAUUAAUGUUAUAAGUUAUUUAUGUGAAUGUAGCAUUUUAAUAUGUUAAUAUUAAGUAAACAAUACAAAUGAAAUCAGCUGAACUUAUCUGAAUCUCAAACUUAUUGUUGUGUAUAAAUUUAUGUACCUUUUUGAAAUAUAUUUCGUCCAUUGACCGCUUUUGGGGUUGACACAUUAUUAUAGUAUUGGUUGUACAUUAAG